GCCAUUUAUACUAAGUUGGGACAACAGGGCCGAUGAAACGAUUAUCUACAACUGCCCAAAUGAACGUAUAAGUCACCUUAUUACAGAUGUCCGUGGGUGUACCGGGGAAAUGGGCCGUGUUUUUACCAUUUAGGUGGCUUCACAGUGCUGGGUGAAUGCGUUGGUUAUGUCUUCCCUUUAAAUAUAGCAGGGAAUGGGCCUAAUCUAGAACGAAGAAAAGAAACAAGGGAGACCAUUGAAAGUCAAACCAGCUUGAUUAGGGAUCAUUUUGACAGUUUUGCCAACCUCUGGAAACACGGACGCAGCGUCGACUUGUCGUCCAUCCGAAUGGAAGUUGUUGGAAUCAAAUGGGAAGUGGUGAUGGUCGAAACGCUCCCCAAGUCCGUACAUGUGCCAUGCAACUCGAUCUCCAAGACAUUUCAACAUCAAGACCGGCAAAAGACAGUCAUGAAUGUAGUACAAGCCAUCCUAGCGAAGGCGUGCUUUGCUCUAUGUGUUAUCGUGGGAUCAAUGGUUUACCAAGAAGACCAGGAAUACAAGCUCUUUUUUUCCCUUCUAUUAUCAUACACAAUUUGGUUGACGAUUGGGGUCAUAUCGUUUAAAAUAGAAAGGUUUAAUGGAGUAGUGUACGAUUGUCUACGAUUAACGUAUGCUUCAAGCGUGUUCGUAAGCACUUACCUAUCCUUGCAAAGCGAAAAGUCAAAUUACCUGACACAUGAUUUCCUUAUAGACAAUGUGAAACCGUAUUUUCAAUACCAAACAACACUGAAAUGGGCUGCAUCGGAAUGUUUUUCUUGUAUCGUCUUCAUUUGGCGUCUUAUGACGCUUUUCAAUCAGGGAUUAUCCCGAAGGAUUCUUCAUACCGAAAAACAUUAGUAAAAGCCCUUACUAUUCACCUGUUCGAGAAACAAAAGAAUAUCACCAAGACUUUUCUGGCAAGUUUGUACUUAAAACUAAUUUCGAGACUGUGAACAGUCCAGCAAACCCAGACUCUUCCUACCCUCAUUACCAAAUGUCUGUUGAACGAUACAUUGGCGAAGAUAUUACAUUCGAUUGUGAUUAUGUCAUUGUUAAAGACGACCUACUUGGAAGAAAAACAUUUUGGACGCUCAACGAAGAAAUUCUGACUAACAAUACUAGGUACCUUAUUUCUACAAGAACUGUAUUUGAAGAAAAUGGAAAACGAACUAUAAAUUCUAAAUUAAAAAUUCAAAUGCUUCAAUAUACAGACUUUGGUGUGUUUAAGUGUUUCGGCAAGGUCUACCACUACACCAAAAAUGGAAAAGUUUUCUCUCAUAGAUUACAUACGAAUAAGUAUUUGAUAUCGAUUCACACGCUCAUGCUGAUUCAACCAAAAAUACGUCUAUUGAAAAGGUCUGUUGGGAACAUUAUAGCUUCUCAAGGUCAUUUAUGGUACCAUUCAAACCAAGACAUCAACGAUUUCCACUUGGACUAUACAGUUAAUGGAAAGCCUAUCGGACUUACGUGUCCUGGAGAAAACUCAGAAAUAUGUUCACUUGGAGCAAACAUACUUAGAAUGAUAGUUAGAAUUGGCGCAGGUAAUUUUGACUGGCCAGGUACAAUGUUUCCAUUCCUAAAUGUUGCGAAAUUGGCAGGUUAUGAUGAUUUAAACCGUGCAAUUAUUUAUUAUUGCUUGUGCAGCUCUGGAUUUGGUGUACAUCGCAUAAGUUUUGUUCGAAGUGUUGCUAGUCCGAAAACUAAACGACCAAUUUUAAAUGAAUUUGAGAACCCUAACGUAUAUCUUAUACUACCCCAUACAGGAUUAUCUUUGUUUCGAGUGUUUGAUGACAGCCAUUUGUACAAAGAGAUAGAAGACUUAGUUGAAGCGAAUGCCGAAAUAGAAUUAAUAGAGCAAAAGGUAGACCACUUGUUGGCAUUCAUUAGUGCUAAUGAAUACAAAGUUUUAUCAAUAACCAACUUUAUUCAGGCCAUACUUUUAAUUUUAGCGUCUAUUUUGGUUUUUGUUAUUGUUUUUUCGACAUCAAAAGCUUAUUUUAAAUUGGUUAUACGGGCACCAGUCAGACGUUUGUUUAAUCUUUAUACCAUUCAAUAUAAUGAGUUUCGUCAACUCGAGGAUUUGACUUUUGAUGUAUUCCUUUCCUACGCUGAUGAGGAAUACAACUUAGUCACCCAAGUAUUGCUACCUUAUUUGAAACAAGAAUCCAAAUUUAAUGUGUGCUUUAAUGGAGAUGAAUAUUUCAGAGGAAACAGACCACUAAUACACUUGUAUCAAGAUUGUAUAUCGAGAAGCAGAAAAAUAAUUGUCAUACUUUCCAAACAAUACAUGCAAGACACAAUAUGUGAAAAUUUGCAGCUGAACAUGAUCAUACUACCAUUACUUUAUGAACGAAAGCGAAUGCCAAAGGAUGUCCUGUUUAUCAAAUAUGACAAAGAUGUCGAAUUUCCGAGAAUUCUGAGAUGGGACCUAGAUGUAGAGAUACUUGAUUGGCAAACUCAUCUAUGUGAUGGAUUCAAAUUGAAAUUAAUACGCAAAUGGAUGCUCACGGGGAAGUUAUAACUGCUCACUCUGUUCAAAACGUAUCUGCGAUAAUUCGAACGUGCCAAUGACAUGAUAUUGUGCCAUUUUAGUAUAUGCUUUUUUGUUGUUGUUUUAAACGUUUUUCUCGCAGUGUCUCAGCUAUUUUAAACUUAUAAAAGAGAGCAAAUUCUAAAGGAUAUCCUGUUUAUCAAAUAUGAGAUAACAUUUCCGAAAAUUCGAAGAUGGGACCUGGAUGUCGAGAUACUUAAUUGGCAAAAUCGGAAAUGGAUGCUCACAGGGAAGUUAUGACUGCCAAUAUUGUUCAAAAAGUAACUCACCUGUGAUAAUACGAAAGUGCCAAUAAAAUGUUAUUGUUCCAUUUAGUAUAUGUCCUUUGUUUGUUUUUGUUUUAAACACGUUCUUCCAAUGUGAUUCGUGUAUUUGUGCCAAUAUAAUGUUAUUGUGCCAUUUCGUCAAAUAUGCUUUGUUUUUGUGCUAAUACAAUGUUAAUGUGCCAUUUCGGUAUAUGAUUUUUGUUUGUUUUUGUUUUAAACAUGCUGUGACAAUAACAUGUUAUUGUGCCAUCUCAAUGUUUAUGUUGUUUUUGUUGUAUUUGUUUUUUAAACACUUGUCACCUUAACCCAGCUAUUUUAA